CACGCCGCCGGACCUCGGACCCGGCGCCCGUCCCUGCUCGUCGUACCUCGCCGCGGCCGCGUAGCCCCGAGCCGGCAGGAGCCCGGCGCUCACCAUGUCGCUCGCGCUCAGCAACAGGUUCCAAGCUUCCCGGGCCGCCUCUUUGUCUCCUGCAGGAGGGAAGGCGUUCGGCUUGCUCAAAGCCCGGCAGGAGCGGAGGCUGGCCGAGAUCAACCGGGAGUUUCUCUGUGACCAGAAGUACAGUGAUGAAGAGAACUUGCCAGAAAAGCUUGCGGCCUUCAAAGAGAAGUACAUGGAGUUUGACCUGAACAAUGAGGGCGAGAUUGACCUGAUGUCUUUAAAGAGGAUGAUGGAGAAGCUUGGGGUCCCCAAGACCCAUCUGGAGAUGAAAAAGAUGAUCUCAGAGGUGACAGGGGGGGUCAGCGACACCAUCUCCUACCGAGACUUUGUGAACAUGAUGCUGGGAAAGCGGUCAGCUGUCCUUAAACUAGUCAUGAUGUUUGAAGGAAAAGCCAACGAGAGCAGCCCCAAGCCGGUUGGCCCCCCACCAGAGAGAGAUAUUGCCAGCCUGCCCUGAGGACCACCAUCUGCACCGGCUCCUGUUCCUCCCUCCUGCUCUUGCGGCCCUUCUUGAUUCAUCGUGAUUUGUCUUAUUUGUUUUGUCUGAUCGUCGUGCAUUUGUUUCAUUUUCUAUCAGCAAAAUCAGUGAUCUCUUUGUAAAGCACAAAUUAUCUGCCUUAAAGGGACUCUGGGCCAGGGAAUUCUGUGCCUUGGGAACCCUCCCUCUCGUCUUCCCUCCUUCCCCCUUCCCCGUGCAGAAGGGCUGACAUCAGACCAAAACCUGGAGGGGGCAGCCUGGACAGGAAGACUGGAAGACAGUGAUCCUCAUGCUUGGAGCUGGCACAGUCCGUCCUUCUAGGGUCCCUGAGCUAAGUCCAGGCUUGCUGGCCUCAGAAGACCCUAGAGUGGGAGCCGUACUUUCCUAGGACAGCUCUGUGGUUCCGUGCUCUUGACUCAUCUAGAGCGUGACCACCCACUGUCCCACCUCCCCCGCUGACUCCCUCCCCCAUGCCACACUUCUCAUCCUCAGGGAGGAGACGGAAGGAGAGAAGAAGAUGAGGGGCUUGGCGAUCUGAGCCCUUGAAGAAGGUUCCAGAAGGAAUCCUCUGGUCUUGUCCACAGUCACACCUUUACAGGCAGCUCGGAGGAAAAGUGCAGCCCCCAUGUCCUUUGUGGGAGCAGCAAAGGUCUUUAGGGGUGGAAAGAAGGCGAGGGGGCUUGGGAGGGGUGUUUGUUCGGUCUGGUGCCACCUUUUGGGGAGGAUGCUGAGGACGACAGACAGGAUAGGAGGAGGAAUAGAGUGCUCACGGCAAAUCGUCAGCACCACUAAUAAGCCAAGACCUGAUAGACAGAAGGUUUCCUUUCCGAUCCAGAUCUACUUGAAACCUGACUGUGCUCCCCUAUUUGCCUUCCUGCCAUACUCCGCCCAUUCAUUCACUCAUUCAUUCACUCAUCAGUCAUCCAAUGGAUAUUUAUUGACCACCUGUUAUAAGCUUUAAGUCCCCCCACUUUGUCCUGACAUGUGCCUUGCCCUUUAACCCAUCACUCCAUUUCCAGUCACUCAAAAGCUUAAGCUUGGGGAUUGGAUUGGGAUUCCCUUGUGACGGACUCCCAAGGUUUGAGAGCCCUGAUCCACUCCGUAGGUUAUCUAGACCGAUUGUCCCAUUUCACAGGUGGGAAAACUGGUGCUCACAGGGGUUAAGUGUCUUGCCAAGGGGUUAAUCAGGAGACGGAAGUCUGGACUGGAACCCAGCUGUUCAGAUGCUGUGCCCAUCCUCAUCUCUGCUCUGGGCUGGGCCUGGGAGGGGCAGUCUCCUAGGUCAAUACUUGGGGAAGGUUCUGGGCCAGGACCCAGCCUUCCUAGUGUCUCCAUGUCAGCACCAGGGGUGGGGUAGAGGCCCGGCUCCCUCUGCAGUUCUGCCUUCCCUAGAACUUCUCUGCCAAGCCACUUCUCAGAACUCACCCUGGAAGGUGUCCUCCUCGGCCUCAUCUUGGCUGAGCAGGGAUGCCAACCUUGACCCCAUCUGUGUUCUGGAGUCCCUUACCCUGCCCACUCAGGACUUAGACGCACUCAUCCCUUUUAUCUAUUUAUUAAGCACCUGCUCUGGGCCAAGAGCUAAGAACCAGGUAGUGAAAUGGACAGACUCGUGGAAUUUAGUGGGGGAAGUCAGAAUCAGUCAAUGACCCAUGGGAUGAAUGUUAUGGAGAGAGGGGACUGCGGGGUGACUGUACUGCAAUCCUGGGCCCAAGACUGAGCAAAGGUCUUGGAGAAGCCCUUGCCAAACUUUAAGUGGAAAUGUCAGGGUGCUGUUGGGAUGUGGGAGUCGGUGUGGCCUCCCUGCGGCUCCUUAGUGACCCACAAUCAGGGACCUGAGCCUUGCAGUAGCUUAAGGGAGUGGAGCGGGUAGGGGCUAGGGAAUUGCCCAGGUUGGGUUAAUCCACUGGUCGGUCUCAGCCAGUUCAGGAACAGGAUUAUUUGGCCAUAACUGGCUGACCUUCAGCUUAAGGAGCUGCUUCAAAUGCACAGGACUAGUUGAAGUUUAAACCCCAACAAAACAGUUUUCCCUGUAAAUGAAAAAUCUCACCCCAGCACCUCCUCUGCGUCCCCCUCCCACCAGAUCAUUAGAUGAACCACUGCCUGUCCCUACGCCUCCGCAUUGGCCUCUCUUCUCUGGGACAGACUGAGACCUUUGAGCAAGGUGAUACUUUCCUUAAUGACCCAUUAUAGUCAGUGCACCUGUUCCUCUGGAGAGGAGGGCAGAAGCAACCAGACUUAUUUCAAUGGGUUCCACAGUUUGCAAGACUGCAGGAAGCCUCCUUUAAGGGAGGGAGACACUUUAAUGGGUGUGUCCCCAGCUUCUGGAAAGGGCAGGAAAGAGUUCUUUCAUUGGAAGGGGUGUCCUGGGAAACACCACCAGUUCCUCCACCAUUUACUAGAACUCAAUUCCUGAAGUGAGAGGGGCUCAAAAGUGGUCGCUGGAAAGGGGGUUUGUAUUGUGUAUUUCAGAUUGUGGCUAUUGGCUCUGGGACUUACUUCUAUGGCUAAGGGCUCAGCUUCUUCGAACUUCAGCUGUCUUCUUUCUGAAAGACCAAAUCUAACUAAUGUAACCAGCAACUCAGGGACUGCCAAGUACGGCUUUGUCCCUGUGACAAAAGGAAGGAGUCUGCCGGGCACAUUCAGGUGGAUGAAGUGUGUGUGUGUGUGUGUGUGUGUGAGAGAGAGAGAGCGAGAGAAUGAGUGUGUGUGGCACCAGAUAUCAUCUCUAUAGAUAGAAAUAAAACAGACAAACAUCAA